UGCUUCUCGAAGCCUUACAGUUUAGUCAGAGUCAUGCUAUCAGGAGCAAACAGACAUCUGCUUAUGCACAAAGAGACAUAUGCUGCUAGAAAGAUUAACAUGGGCAAGUUUUCCUUUCAGAGGUAACCUUGGUCUGGAAUAGGACACUCUGAGUCUGGGGUUUGGGGGAUGUCAGUGAAGUUGCGUUUUGAUUGGCCAGCAAAAUAUGGCAUGGUGCAGAGAAGUUGCUCCUUCACUGGAGUUAACACACUGACCAACAGACAUAGGUUAUCUUAUGCUCGUACUUCUCUUCGCACCAAAGGCCUGCCAGGAAAAUCUACAAGAAUCCUUUCUUCUACUCAGGUGGUUGGCAGUAUUUGGGGACAGCAACCUGAGCAGGUGGACAGAGUUUUCCAGGCUUUACAGAAGGGGCUCAAGGAGUAUCUUGAAGGUCACAAAACAGAGCUGGAAUUCCUCUUAUCCCAGCAAAGAGACUCUACAAGGAAUUCAAGACUGGCUUUUUUCUAUGACUUAGAGAAGGAUAUAAGAGCCUUGGAAAGAUACAUACGGAGACUGGAGUUUCAAAUUAGUAAGGUGGAAGGGUUAUAUGAGACAUAUUGUAUCCAGUGGAGAUUAUGCCAAGGAGCUGUUAAUAUGAAACGAGCAUUUUCACUCUCCCCAUCUUCACGGGAAUCACGAGAGAGCCUGCUGGAGCUGAACCGCAACCACAGACACAUCUUAGAGAAUAUGUGUUCAAUGGAAGGAGAAUUGGAGAUCCUACUGGGAGAGUUGCAAAUAAAAAUGAAAGGUUUGAUUGGUUUUGCUCGUCUCUGCCCAGGGGAUCAAUAUGAGGUAUUAAUACGAUUGGGACAACAGCGAUGGAGAAUCAGAGGGCGGAUACAGACUGAUGACCAACAGCUAUGGAAUGAAGAGCAAAUGGUUUUCCUCCCUCAUAUUCACGAGAGCUUUGAGAUCAAGGUAACAGAGGUAAAGAACCUGAGCUCCAACUUAGUUGGAAUGGUGACAUGUAAAUGUGCAGACUUCUACAGUGCACAUCCACAAAUGAUGAUUGUUGACAUUACGGAACUGGCAACCAUCAAACUCCAACUGGAAGUGGUCUGGAAUCCUUUUGACAGUGGCAUGGUAAAGUAUCUCAUGUCAUCUGCCAGUCGACAGUCUACCAACAGCAGGAAAAUACCGUCUAUGCUGCACCAGUUUCAAAACACAGAUGGCUCUUUCUCCAUUGGCUCACAUGAAUCCCGGGGUGUGUUUCUGCUUAAUUACCUGACUGAAUCUGCCCAGGCAGUCUCUCCUUUGGUCUAUGAAAGGGCCAGUCAUCCUCCAAUCUUCCCUGACAUUUCCAUGGAUUGUCAGUCAGUGUAUGAUGACCUUUUACAGACACCCCUUCCAAAGGGUGAUAAAAUUGAUGAUAUGUCUUCGGAGCCCAAGAACGGCUCUCCUGUUCGAGGUGACAGCAAGCGGGACUCUUUAACUCUUUUUCCAUGUUACAGCACUCCUGACAUUCUUCAAAAAAAUGGUGUGGUGGCCACCAAUCAGGAAUUGGAACCAGUGAAGGCAAAAGUGGCUACAAAUAAUCACAUAGACAAAGUUGAAAAAGGGGUAGAAGAAAAGCAAAAGGUCCUAGUGAUGGGUGUAGGGAAUUCCCAAAAAAGAGCAGUGGCCAUGAAGGUUGGACUGUUGCAAGCACAGAUUACUACUAUCUUACAGGAGAUGAGUUUUAUCAAGGAGAUAAAGCAUCUAAAUCUACAAAUACAGCAGCUUAACCAGGUCUUAAAGAGGAACAUCUACAUUCUUCAGACCUCCUCUAGAGAGGCACUAGAUGUUGAGGAAGAGGAAGUUCUGGGCAGUUUUGACUUUUUGUCCUUUGAUUUCAACACAGAAGACACCAACUCCUGCAUGAGUAGCAGCAGGCUCAUGGACACUAGGUUCAAAGGGAACACUGUGACAAGCCAAGAGGCUAUUUCAGAACUGUCGUCAGAACAGCAACAUACAGGACACAUGGCCAAAAGAACAGACAAUGAGGACAGACGUCCACUCAGCACUGGGGAAUACACUCUGGAUCUAACCUUAGAGAUCCACCUCAGCAUCUGUAUUGCACUACUGAGAGAACUGAGGGGGACUAAUUUGGAGUACAUGCAACAGUACAUCCUGAAAGAAAUAUCACAUCAAACUGAUGUACUUAAAAUAAUUGCUUCUUUUACACAGAGCAAGACUCCUGAUGUAUCAGCAACAGAAUUGUGGUCUGGGGCACCAAAGCUGAGAAAUGUUAUGAUGUUGUGGGAUGAGUGCUGUGAAAGUGCUCCAGCAUUUUGUUGCACUGCUGACUCAUUUCUCAGGAUACUACGCAAGAGGUUCAUUCACAAUGUGAAAGCCAAAUUACCAGGCCAGGCUGAUACAGUCUUUGCUCAGUUGUUGCAGCAGGUCCAGUCCCCCUCUGUGAUGGUCCCACUCUCAGCAUUUACAAUAGACCUAGUGUCUAUAUUUCAGUUACAUGUGUACCUCAAGCAUUGGAAGGUCACCAACUUUGGAGAGCAUAUCUCUCAAAUAUCCAGAGAAGUGUAUUUGGUAUCAUGUCUAGAGACCCCAAAGAGGAGGAAGGUCCUCAAGAAGCUGAAGGGAAGGAUGAUCUCAGAACUACAACCAAUGGAGCAAUCCCUACAUCUCUUGGCCAAGUUACUUACAGAUAAUAGUCAAAAGGUUGCGAUUUCAGCUGCUUCCUGCCUCUCUAGGGCCUCAGUCUAUAAGUCCUUCAGGUUAAAGGCCCUGGUUCACUAUACAUGGCUGUUGAAAGACAAUGACAUUCAAGUGCAGCAGCAGGCAUGUUUGGCACUAAAAUGCUUAAAGGCCUUUGAAAGUGCUGAGCAGGUGGCUGAACUGUGGCACUCCACAGAUGAAGAGUUAAGGAAUGCAGCCAGAGAGACCAUUCUUUCAUUUGGGACAAAAGGUCACAAAGCUUUCCAGAGAAUGGACCAGAUACAAGCUGAGCUACAAGAGGAAGUUUAUAAAAACCUAAAAACAGAAAUAACAAUCUUCUAGUGAUCACACUAAUUCAGCUAAUUCUUUUGCUACUGAUCAGAAAAUAUAAGGAGACAAAAACUAGUAGAAUCCCUCACAGUAGCAACUCCAGAAAAGAAACCAAAAACUAAGCUUGCAUGCAAAAAUCUUUAGCAUUGAUGUAAAGCAAAAUGAAGUAUGUAGACAUAUAGCAGGACACUGCUUAAUAGUGCCUUGAAAUAUUAUAAACUGUGUGAUCCAUGUUUAAUCAGUUUUGAUCUAUAUUUACAUUGCUUACAUUAAUAGUGUCAACAAUUGCAAAUGUGUGUAAAAAAAACAAAAAACAAAAAAAAAACAAACAAAAAAAAAACAUGGCAAUGGCAAAAAAAUUUACUUUUAAAACUUUGUGUUUAGUCACAGGGACAUGAUUCUGGUCCAGCUGAAAAGAAAUAAAUACAUCUGGGUGUUCCUUUAAAUACAUAUUAAUCUAAAUAAAGAUAUUAUUAUAUAUUUGUUAGCAGCUGUGAGAUAAAAUAAUAUUUUUGUUAGCAGAAAGAUGUCUUGUUUUCUGUUGCAUUCUUAGUUCUUUUGAAUAUUUUAUAUAUUUUUAUUUAAAUGUUGGCUAUUUGCAAAAAGUUAACAUGUGUACUUUACUUUAUUGUGUCACUCUUUGUCUACUGUAGCCUAAAAUUGUAACAUUUUCUUUUAAGCAGAAUUAAUUUUUAUGACCAGAAUUACAGUAUACUCAUUAGGUAAACUAAAUUGCUCCCACACACUGUAAUGAGCACCAGCACAAAUACAACUUUUCAUUCAUUCAUUUUCUACCGCUUAUCCGAACUACCUCGGGUCACGGGGAGCCUGUGCCUAUCUCAGGCGUCAUCGGGCAUCAAGGCAGGAUACACCCUGGAUGGAGUGCCAACCCAUCACAGGGCACACACACACUCAUUCACUCACACACUACGGACAAUUUUCCAGAGAUGCCAAUCAACCUACCAUGCAUGUCUUUGGACCGGGGAGGAAACCGGAGUACCCGGAGGAAACCCCCGAGGCACGGGGAGAACAUGCAAACCACACACACAAGGCGGAGGCGGGAAUCGAACCCCGACCCUGGAGGUGUGAGGCGAACGUGCUAACCACUAAGCCACCGUGCCCCAACAAAUACAACUUGAAACAUAAAAUAGAUAUUUUCAAUUCAUGAAAUUUAUGGGAUAUAUGUAUAUAUACAGGGAGUGCAGAAUUAUUAGGGAAGUUGUAUUUUUGAGGAUUAAUUUUAUUAUUGAACAACAACCAUGUUCUCAAUGAACCCAAAAAACUCAUUAAUAGCAAAGCUGAAUAUUUUUGGAAGUAGUUUUUAGUUUGUUUGUAGUUUUAGCUAUUUUAGGAGGAUAUCUGUGUGUGCAGGUGACUAUUACUGUGCAUAAUUAUUAGGCAACUUAACAAAAAACAAAUAUAUACCCAUUUCAAUUAUUUAUUUUCACCAGUGAAACCAAUAUUACAUCUCAACAUUCACAAAUAUACAUUUCUGACAUUCAAAAACAAAACAAAAACAAAUCAGUGACCAAUAUAGCCACCUUUCUUUGCAAGGACACUCAAAAGCCUGCCAUCCAUGGAUUCUGUCAGUGUUUUGAUCUGUUCACCGUCAACAUUGCGUGCAGCAGCAACCACAGCCUCCCAGACACUCUUCAGAGAGGUGUACUGUUUUCCCUCCUUGUAAAUCUCACAUUUGAUGAUGGACCACAGGUUCUCUAUGGGGUUCAGAUCAGGUGAACAAGGAGGCCAUGUCAUUAGUUUUUCUUCUUUUAGACCCUUUCUUGCCAGCCACGCUGUGGAGUACUUGGACGCGUGUGAUGGAGCAUUGUCCUGCAUGAAAAUCAUGUUUUUCUUGAAGGAUGCAGACUUCUUCCUGUACCACUGCUUGAAGAAGGUGUCUUCCAGAAACUGGCAGUAGGACUGGGAGUUGAGCUUGACCCCAUCCUCAACCCGAAAAGGCCCCACAAGCUCAUCUUUGAUGAUACCAGCCCAAACCAGUACUCCACCUCCACCUUGCUGGCGUCUCAGUCGGACUGGAGCUCUCUGCCCUUUACCGAUCCAGCCACGAGCCCAUCCAUCUGGCCCAUCAAGACUCACUCUCAUUUCAUCAGUCCAUAAAACCUUAGAAAAAUCAGUCUUCAGAUAUUUCUUGGCCCAGUCUUGACGUUUCAGCUUGUGUGUCUUGUUCAGUGGUGGUCGUUUUUCAGCCUUUCUUACCUUGGCCAUGUCUCUGAGUAUUGCACACCUUGUGCUUUUGGGCACUCCAGUGAUGUUGCAGCUCUGAAAUAUGGCAAAACUGGUGGCAAGUGGCAUCUUGGCAGCUGCACGCUUGACUUUUCUCAGUUCAUGGGCAGUUAUUUUGCGCCUUGGUUUUUCCACACGCUUCUUGCGACCCUGUUGACUAUUUUGAAUGAAACGCUUGAUUGUUCGAUGAUCACGCUUCAGAAGCUUGGCAAUUUUAAGAGUGCUGCAUCCCUCUGCAAGAUAUCUCACUAUUUUUGACUUUUCGGAGCCUGUCAAGUCCUUCUUUUGACCCAUUUUGCCAAAGGAAAGGAAGUUGCCUAAUAAUUAUGCACACCUGAUAUAGGGUGUAGAUGUCAUUAGACCACACCCCUUCUCAUUACAGAGAUGCACAUCACCUAAUAUGCUUAAUUGGUUGUAGGCUUUCGAGCCUAUACAGCUUGGAGUAAGACAACAUGCAUAAAGAGGAUGAUGUGGUCAAAAUACUCAUUUGCCUAAUAAUUCUGCACUCCCUGUAUGGAUGUUUAAUAUAUAUUAAAACACGUUUGGGUUAAGCUACAAAUAUAUCAUUGGGAUUAAUUUAGAAAUAUUUGUCAAAGGUCCAAAAAAAAAAAAAAAAAAGGUUGUAUUUGACAAUUCUGUUGCAACAUGCAAAAUUUCUAUCCAGCCAUGGUUAUUUUUGUUGAGAGAGCAAAAAUAAACAGUAUAUUUGCACA